AUCCCAAGAUGGCCGGCUUAGCUUGGGAGAAAAAUAGAACACCGUGCCAUGUUUGAACAUGAAGACGCGAAGAUGAAUUCUACAGUUAUGGGAGUACAAAGUUUAGAUAACAGGAAUUCUGAAUUGUUUGCUUGAUUUGAGUUGCAUUUGGAAGCUCCUACUUGAGCUACCAUUCCGGUGCCGUUUACCUGACUGAGGUUUCAUGGCGAAUCAUCGACAAACGAGUUCGUCAGUGUACAGUAACACCGUUAAAUAUUCACCUUGGCUACACGCUUUCUCACUCUCUUUCCAUCGUAUCUGACAUCUGAUUGGCGAAAGAAAUAAUUUAAACACAUGCCAGGAACCGAAGAAAAGAAGGUAGAGGAAAGCUCUGUCUCCACCUCAAAAUCAAAAGCCGCCAUUUUGGAUUUGAACUCUGACAACAGCCAGUCCCCCUCGUGUGCACCACCAGACAUUACAAACACCGAUCAGAGAUUCCAUGUCUACGGCAAUCAGACAGAAUUGAGUGAGCCACCUGACUUAAACCCGGAGGAGCACACAGGCUUGUUACAAUCCUCUAGUCCUGAUGCAUUGUUAACUGCGCAUGCUGAAGAACAGAUAGAUCUGGGCAAUUCCAGCGAGCCGCCAGAUAUAACCGGGACAGAUGCAUUCCCAUAUACAGGGGAGACCAGUGACCCAGAAGACGGGAUACCUAUAGACUGUCCAGACUUCCAACAUAGUCUUGGUCACACCUCCACCCAUCAGUCAGAUCAGUCGUUGGGCAUACUGCUAUCGGACGAUUUUGAUCCAGGAGAAUCUGAAGCUCCAGACCCAUACUUUGGAGAGAGUCAAGCUCCCACAGAGCUUUUGGAUUCUGACGACUGCUCUACUGAAGGCUUUCUGGCAUCCUCUUUCCCAGAAUCUAGUUUAGUGGAAUCUUUACAAGCUGUUGCUCCUGGUGACAUUCUUGCUGUUUCUCUGCCCCAGCCUCCACCUAUUACACUUAAACUCUCCGCUCCACCUAUUAAACGUGGCCCAGGGAGGCCCAGAAAAGAUGGUGUUGGUCCAAUUCAGAGAAAGAGAGUGUCUCUUGGUAAAACCAGCACGAAGAGCUCCAUAAAAAAAGGUGUGCAUAUCCACCCAAGCUUCGCAGGUCUUGUACGCUCAUUUCAAGGCAGUGCUAUGGAUACAGGACCAAUGGACACGGCAAACCCGGAGGCUGCACAGGUUGUGGCGCCGGACAUCGCUGGACCAUCCUCCUCCUCAAUGAUGCUGGACUACGACCAGGACAUGCCCAUACCCGGCAUGGCUAUGGAAGAUGACCAAGCUUCAUCAAGUUACUCAGUGAUGUCUGGAGAGGGCUCAGAUCCCCUGGAACCUUUGAUACCCACAAAGCUAUGCAGCUUGUGUAACUGUGGGGAGCGUAGUCUGCUGGGACAGGGGGAGUUGGGCAAGUAUGAUCCCACUCAGGGCUUUAACCCACUCAAGAAGACAUUAGGCAAGUCCCGUAACAAAACCCCUGAGUUUGAUGAGCGUACCACAAGUGAGAAAGGUCCGAAGCCCCUAACCUGGAGACGUCAUAGAGGACCACUUAAGGGCAACAAUGAUAUUCUACAACUUAACAGGGAGAGGAGCAAAUCCCCCCGUAGGUAUCCCCACAACUCUGAUGAAGACCCUACCUGUAUACUUGGGGAUGAGCUGAGCAUGGUCGGAUAUCCAGAAGACAUUGACCUGACACAGGUGUUCGAACCAUCGGGACACACACUGGCCCACCACUGCUGUGCAGCCUGGUCCGAGGGGGUGGUCCAAACACACGAUCUGCUGCUAAAAUAUGUUGAUAGGGCCGUCUAUACUGGUCUAUCUCAAAAGUGCAGCUAUUGCCGUAACUAUGGUGCUACUAUCAACUGUCGUGUGACAAAGUGCAAUAAAAAGUAUCAUUAUCCGUGUGCAUCAGCAAGAGGCUGUUUCCAGGACAUUAAGACCCUGUCGUUGCUGUGUCCCGACCACACAGAUCAGGCGGAAACAAUAGCUGGAGAGGAAGCCCUGUGUGUUAUAUGUGAUCUGGUGGGCAACAUUUCUGAGCAGCUUUUCUGUACCAGCUGUGGCCACCACUACCAUGGCAGUUGUUUACAUCCGUCUGUAGCCAUGACACCAGAGGUACGGGCUGGAUGGCAGUGUCCAGACUGUAAGAUCUGUCAGAUGUGUCGACACCCAGGAGAAGAUAGUAAGAUGCUGGUAUGCGACACCUGUGAUAAAGGGUACCACACUUUCUGUCUCAAACCUGUCAUGACUACCAUACCUAAGAAUGGCUGGAAGUGCAAGAACUGUCGUGUGUGUGGUGACUGUGGUUCCAGGACCCCAGGAAGCGGCCCUAGCUCACGGUGGCACCUCAACUACUCAGUCUGUGAUAGUUGUUACCAACAGAGGAACAAAGGCUUGUCAUGUCCACUGUGUGGGAAGGCAUACCGACAGUUCACUCAGAAGGAGAUGAUACUGUGCAAUACUUGUAAAAAACAUGUUCACGCCGAGUGUGACGAGACAAUAGACUCUGGCCUUCUACAGAAAGUCAAAGAGGGGCUGGAUACUGAUUAUACCUGUGCUUUUUGUCGCAACAGAGAUCCUGAUAUGGACCUGCCAUUCCCAUAUGCACUACCAGGGCCGCCGGACGACUCUUCUGAAGAUUACUUAUUGAAUGAUGACCUUGAAACGAUGUCGUUCAUGGAUGAUGGGUCUAACUCAUUCUUAAUGAAUGAAGAUUCCGUGUCGAGUAUAGAUAUUGACAUCAGUGUGAUUGAGAAGGGUGCGGCCCAGCUCUCCCAGCUUACUAGUCCCUCUCAUCCCCACCCCCAUGGGGAGGGCCAUGGCAUUGGCAGCAAGGGAGGAAAGCUUAGUGCUAUGAGUCGUAAGAAGAUGGGCGCUGGUAGGCCAAGGGGGAGACCAAUUGCACCAGAGAAGAAGAAACGCCCUCCAACUUUUGGGGAAAGAAAACGAGGACCAAAGCCAAAGUUAAAAACUGGCCAGCUGGGCAUUUCUGGCCAGGUAACAACUUUACCAGUUGGAGAAUCUAAAACUAAAUCCCAGGAUGACGACGAUGAUGGGGAUGAUCAUCCCACCACACUUAUCCUCGCCAACUCUAAAGACGAAUUUGUCUUGGAACAAGAUGUUUGUAAGAGCUGUGGUAGUUUUGGUAAAGGAAAGGAGGGCAAGCUGAUAGUGUGUACUCAGUGUGGACAGUGUUACCAUCCUUACUGUGUCAGCGUCAAGGUGACCAAGGUUGUGCUACAAAAAGGCUGGCGAUGUUUAGACUGUACUGUGUGUGAGGGAUGCGGAAAGCCGCAUGACGAGGGUCGCCUGAUUCUGUGUGACGAGUGUGACAUCAGCUACCACAUCUACUGUCUCGACCCGCCACUCGACCAUGUUCCAAAGGGCACCUGGAAAUGUAAAUGGUGUGUGAUGUGUGUGAACUGCGGGUCAACCACGCCUGGGUUUGGUUGUCAGUGGCAGAACAACUACACCCAGUGUGGACCAUGUAACAGUAAACAGGAGUGUCCAGCCUGUCAGAGAAACUACCAUGAGGACGAACUGGUCAUCCAGUGUGUACAGUGUGACCGCUGGAUUCAUGGCCACUGUGACCAGCUCAAGAAUGAGGAUGACGCCGAGCGUGCUGCGGACUUUGGCUACCACUGUCUAUUCUGUAGACCCAAGACUGGACAGCCUGGGCCAUUGCCGCCACCCCCACCACCAUCACCCCCAGAAGAGGUAGAAAUGAAGCCCCUGUCCCCUCCGCCACUUCCACCUCCACCACCUCCACCUCCCCCACUGCCUCCCAGAGAGCCAGAACCGCCAAAGAAAUUCUUCCUGGAUGGAGUGUGCCUCUCUGAGUCUGGUCACCAACAGAUACAGAGUAUCACGGUCCAAGUUCCAAAGCCAAAGCGAGUGAGAAAGAAGACCGAGGUGAAGCCAGCUGUCUCCGAGGUAGCGGGCAUGCUUUCCCAAGCUCCCUCUGCUGCUCGGCUAGUGUCAAUGCAAAGUCAAUCAUCUAUUGACGGUGACGAGUCCAUGGAUAUUCUCAAAGAUGAUGAUGGAAAAUUGGUGGACCUUGGUGAGGGGCUGAGUAUUCCUCCAUCGGCCUUGAUGGAGGGGGACUUAGGUCCUGAUGGGCUGGCACUUCUCAGUCCCACCCUGACACCUGGCCUCCCUGUCACGUCAGAUGGGGCACCUGUUCCAGAGAAAAAGAAGAGGUGUAGGCGUAACACUGUCAAUAUAGGUAUUGGGGGGUUCAUGGUUCGCAGUAGAGUUAGGCCACAGGCCAAACAGCAGGCAGCUUCCACAGAUACAGCGGGCACAUUGGAGGAGGGACAGUCGAAACCAGAGGGAGCCACUGAAGUGACAGAUAAACCGCUAGCAGAAGGAGAAACACCUGCAGAAGAACCCAAAAAGAAACGGAUCCGUCGAACUAAGAAAAAGAGUGCUCUUGAAGAAAACUUCCCAACUUAUAUGCAGGAGGCCUUUUUCGGCAAAGAUAUGCUUGACAAGACUAAAACCACUAGCAAGGAGUCUGUGAAGAUUGAUUCUGGGUCGGACUUGGACGAGGCGAGGACCUCGCCAGUGACCCUUGACUUCAGGGGAGAUAACCAACCCUUGAUUAAUCAGGGAUUACUCUCCACAUCCCCAGUCAAGGUCCCUUCUAGUAGCCACCUGUUGCCCUCCGUUGGCCAACCUCUCCUGAAUCCCCUUGGUGUCCAUGAUGAAUUGCAAGACAGUGAUUUGGACUUGUUACCGGAUGCUCUACCACAGGAUGACGAACUACUCAGUAUUAUCAACAAAGAACUAGCCAAAGAUCAGGAUGAUUUACCAAUGCUCCCAGGAGGGACAAUGGAAGUGGACCCUCGCUCGGAGGAAUCGAGUCACAAGCCUGAACUUCAGGCAAAUCUGGAUGGUAUCCUCAGUCCAAAUCUUGAUGAUGAGAAAAACCUGGAUGUUGACAAAAUUUUAUCCGAAGGACUAGUACACAUGGACAGUAAGACUGUAGAAGACAUCUUCAAAGGUGUGCUGGAGAAUGAUCCUCGACCGUCGGUUCCUACUGCUCCCCAAGGAUUCAACAUGCCCGGCCCUAACCCCCACAUCCCAGGAAAAGAACAGCCCCAACCCCCCGGCAUGGAUCCCACUCAGGUUCCCAUGAAUCCUGGUAUGGGGCAAGGGGGUCUGGCACCCCUGGUCAUGCCACCACCUCCAGGCUUUCCCUCAAGUUUCAGCAGUCCAAGUUCUAUGAGCCCAGGAGGCUUUCCUAACAACCAGCCGCCAUGGCAACAGGUGAUGGCCCAGGAGGAGGAGCAACAAGAGCAGGUGACGAGUCGCAGGAACAUGCAGAAGUGGGAGUCAGACGAGGAACUCGGCGAGCAUGCAACUAUCUCAGCGGUUCUCUAUUGUAAUCUGAAACACCCAGAACUACGUCACGAACACCCAGAUUGGCAAGAGCGGGUGAAGAAGAUCGGCAAGAUUUGGAGGCAGCUACCUUCAGAUGAUAAACAACCUUACCUGCUUCAAGCAAGAAAAAACAGAUCUUCUAGUAAAGGACAGAAAGCAAGAAAGGCUAAACGGGAACAGGCUGCAGCAGCCGCAGCAGCUAUGGGACCACCUCCCAUCCCAUCUUACUCACAGCCUACUACACCGGACGGCCUUGGCUCGCCCAUGUCUGGUAUGGCCCCGGGACAGGAAAUCUGUAGCCCUCUGAGUCGCAGCAGCAGCAACUCUCAGAUCAUUGCACCAAAGACACCAGAUGGUCAGUCCCCGAGUCACAUGAUGGGAGGUGUACCACUGAGUCCCAAUCACCAAGGAGUCCAGUCCAUGAUGCACCUCCAGGACCCCUAUGCCCAGCCACUCGGGACUCCCAUGUCUAUGGACAUGGCUGGGAUGGGCCCUCGACCGAUGCGGCCACAGAUACGACCGCAGGAUCCCUAUGCCCAGGCCCCUUCCACUCCAAGACCUCAUGUUCCCUUUAGUCAACCCCGUCCCCAGGGGCCUUUUCAGCCUGGUAUGAACAUGCAACAAAGACCACAAGACCUAUAUGUGCAGCAUCCAGGUGUACCUCGUCCACCAAAUAUGUACUCUCAACAUGAGGCUUCAUCACGCCCUCCUGGGCCAUACAACCAUCCCUCCUCAUUACCCCCUGACCAGAUCGGGGGACCCUUCAGGGGGCCCCCGGGACGAGUGCCUGAUCUAUUCAAUCAAGACAACGAUGCCUACACUCAGCAAAUGUCAACAGCCAGAGGUUCUGUGCCAACCACACCUCAACAGUCCCCAUCAAAGUCUCAAUGGCCUGGUAUGGCCCAGGAAUCUGACCCAUAUGAGCAUCAAGUCCCAACUCCAAGACCGAUGAUGCCUAUUACUGUGGAGGGCAUGUCCUCGCCCUCAACUCCACAGACACCAACAUCUCAGCCCUUUGAUCCAUUCUCCCAGCACCCUUCUGGGCCCCCGCGUUCAGGACAGCACCCAGGCAUGGCCAAACCGAUGAUGUCCAGACAAACAUCUGUACCGUCUGACCCAUACGCACACCCUCCCUCCACUCCAGGAGGCCCUAUGAAUCGACCUGAUGAUCCCUAUGCUUUUUCACCCCCAACACCGCGCCCUGUGUCAGAAUCAUAUAGUCCUCGCUCUACUGGCAAGGCAGAGCUUUCUCCCCAGCAGGUAGGCCACCGCCCCAUUGGUGGGGACCCUUACACACAGAUGAUACCAGGAAAAGGGCCAAUGCCAGGUCAGCCAGGGCCAGAGGGGUAUCUCCAGCAUCCCAACAUGCCAGGAGGUCCACAACGGUCAAUGUCUGGCCCCCAAGCACAACAGAUCCCACCAGCAGACUCCUUUGGGAUGCCUUUGCGCCACCCAUUCCGGGCCCCAGUUCCACCAACAUCUCAAGUGAGACCACAUGGCUAUCAGGAGUCUCAUAUGCCACAAGGGCCACAUCAUCACGGAAGUAUGGAGCCACCCAAGGAGCCCUCUGUGUUACAGCAGAUGUUCGCUGCUGCCAGUAGACGCCACGCACAAUUCCCUUUCUCCGGAAUGUUUUCCACACUUAAGCACAAUUAUUUGGGUGGCGGUGGAGGUAUGGACAAACACAUUCACCCGCAGCAGGUGAGAGAUAUUCUGGCUGAACAGACCAAGAAACGGCAGCAAAAGAAGAUGGAGAUGAUAAACAAACAGAUGUCGGAGGAAGGAGUUCCACCCACUGGCCUGCCAUCUCCUCAUCCAGGUGGUCCAGGUGGUUUCUCGCCUGAAGAGGGGCCACGCUUCCCUAGUCCUGGUGGUCAAAAUCCUGGGAUGGACAGGUGGGCCCACAACCAGCAGCAGAUGGUGAGACCUCCGCAGGCAAGGCAGUUCAGGCCUCCAGAUAUGGAAAUGUUUCUGCGAGGCCAGUUUGAAGGGGCACGGCCUGGUGUACCUGGAGUCAUGAGACAGCCCCGCCCUCCUGGGCCAUUAUCUCCACACAACCAGUUCUCACCCAGGGGCUCUUCUCCUCAAAUGUCCCCUGUGCCAGGCCAGCAUGCAGUCUAUAAACCACAGCUACUCCAGUUGGUGCAGGAGCGCAUUCGACCCGGACAACAACCUAACUCUGGCAAGCCACAGCCUCCCACCCCCGGGCCUGCCACCCCAGGGGUACAGCCUCCCCCUGGUUUUGAACAGUUUAGCCCCGCUGGUGACCUGCCAAAGAUGCCGUUUGACCCCAACAGACCUCCGAGUCAAGGACAGCCAAUACCUGCAGGAAUUCCCCCGGUACAACAACCUCAAGUGAAAACUGAACAGAAAGAGGCCUUACCAGGGAAAACUGAGGAGGUUUCUGGGCGAGUGAUGAAGACUCAGAAACAGGUGAUGUCAUCAGAAGAUGAGAAACAAGACACAGAGGACGAGAAUAUUAGUGACCUGCUAGACAAUGAUGGCUCAUUUGACAUUUUGAAGUAUGCCGACCCCGAGCUGGACUUUGACUUGGAUGAUCAAGGCAAAAGUAUACUUGAUGACCUUGUAGAGGAAAGUAAGGCAGAUGAUUCAGAGUCAGAGGUCAAGAGUGAAAUGGACGCCCCCAGGUCCAUCAAACCUGAAGAGAAAGAAGUGACAGAGACUCCGGAAUCUAUAAAGAUGGAGGACGAUAAAACAGAAACAGGCCCCAAGUCUGUAACAGCCAUGGGAGCCGUUGAUUUCCAGGCUAAGUUUCUGGAGUUCAGUCAGAGGAAGCAGGAGGAGCGCCAUGCGGAUGGUACCCCAGGUCCCUCGGAUCAGAAGCCCCCUAUAACGGAGGCAGACAAAAACAAAAACAAGAGUCAGAUAGCUGCCAUUCUACAGAACACAGACCACAUGCGUCCACAGUUGGAGCGGCGUGACUCUCAGAAGUCAGAUAGUGGAUCUUUGGGAAAAGAUCUCCUGCCCCGCACCCCGUCAGGGACACCCUUAGGUCUGGGUAUGGAUCUGUCCCCUAUGGGACAAGCUGGCAUGCAACUUCCAUCACGUCCCCUUUACAGUUCAGGAAUGCCUUCACCUCUUCACCAGAUGGCUCAAGUGUAUCCAGGUUCUCAUACGCAACCCUCACCCUCUUCAACAGCGGGAAAGUACCCUCAGCAAAGUCCGGGAACACCAAGCCUACCCUCACCAAAGGUCUUACCAUCACCUAAAAGCAACAUUCCAUCUCCAAGGACACCUAAUGUUCCAUCGCCAUUCAGUCAGCAAUCUGGUCUUGGUGGGCAGUUGUCUCCCUUCUCACAAGCAGUUCAAUCCCCAUUUUCUCCACCAGUUACAACAGCGGCUCAUUCCCCAUUCAGCGCCCCUCCUGCGACAUCGUCUGCCCCCCAGUCCCCGUAUGGACCCCCAGGGAGGACUCAAUCACCAUUCACCAUCCCUGUGACAGGGAGCCCCGGCAACAGCCAGUCGCCUUUUGGAGCCAUGUCACAGCCGUCACCCAUGUCUGCCUCCCAGGCACCAGGCCAGCGGUCACCCCGUGGAACCAUCACCCCCACCAACCAGUACAUGCAAGGCACAUAUGGUCAGCCAAUGAUGCCAGUACCCCCUAGGGGUGCCACCACUCUCCAGCCCACUCCUAACAGCAUCCUUUAUGGCCAGUCAUCUGCUGCCCAGCAGAUAAGCAAGGGUCCUACUGGAAUGCCAGGACCUCGAAUGCCGUUUACCUCACAGGGUAUGCCUCAGCAAGGGCCGCCACAGCCAAUGGAUCAUCAACAUCAACAACAGCACAUGGAGAUGACCUCACCUGGUGGAACGCCUCUCAUGAGGAUGCCAAGGGUGUCGCUUCCCGAGGGAGUCACCCCAGAACAAGCUAUGCAGUUUCAGAACCAGCAGCAGGUUCCUGUUUCCAUGUACCAGGGUAACAUGCAGGGUCCUCGCCCCCAAGGUGUUAUGAUGGGAGUGCCAGGGCCGAAUCAGCCUCCUGGUCCCCCUGGACACCCAGGCAUGCGAAUGCAAGGGAUGAGACCCCCUACCCCUACAGCAACAUCAACCUCCCAGUCCAAGGUCCGACUCUUACAAGACCAGCCCCUACUGAUACAGGACCUGCUCGAUCAGGUACUGGAAAAGAAAUCCUUGGUCAAUACGCAGAAAAACGUUUUUGGUUCUGGCACACGCUCCUGGAAUCCAGAACAGGAGAAACAAGAGCAACAAAGACAAGCCCAGCAGCAAGCAAUACUACAUCGCCGUGACAACCCAGGUGGCAUGGAAGGAAUGCCACCGGGUAGUAUGCCACAGGGAGUUAUGACACCAGGAAAUAUGCCACCAGGAAGCAUGGUACCAGGAAGCAUGCCACCGGGAGGCAUGCCACCAGGAAGCAUGCCACCGGGAAGCAUGCCACAGGGAGGCAUGCCACCGGGAAGCAUGCCACCAGGAAGCAUGACUCAGGGAGGCAUGCCACCAGGAAGCAUGCCACCAGGGGCGAUGCCUCCAGGAGGUAUACCACGUAUGGAGGGCAUGCAGCGUCCCCCAGGUUUUCCAAUGCAGGGAUAUCGCCCCAGGAUGGAACAUCCAGGUGAUCCAAAUCAGUGGCCCCGUAUGUUUGGCCCGUCAGAAGGCGGUCCACCUCAGCAGGGCAAACCAGGCUUUCCUCCAGGUGUUAACCAGGGUGUACGCAUGCCAGUACAACAAAUGAGGCAGUUUGCCCCUGGAGUGCCACCUCAACAGGGGCCAGGGCAAGGGCCAGGACCAAACACAGGGGGACCAGGGGGACCAGGGGGACCAGGCAUUGCUCCUCCCCCAAUUCCACCACCAGUACCACCCAUGCAAGGUGAGCUGAAUCCUGAGCUGGAGCGCCAACAUCUACAGUACGAGGAAUGGCUCGUCAAACAAAGUCAGUACCUGGAAAUGCAGGUCAAGGCCCUGGAACAGCAGAUCAAUAAGUGCAAGCGCACCAAAAAAGCAAUCAAUGCCAGAGGCAGAUCUGCCAAGAAAGCAAACAAAGAGGUACCUAUUCAGGACACACAGGAGCUAGAGCGCGUCACACAGGAACAGUCUAUGCUCCAGAAGCAGCUGGAAGGCCUCCGCAAGCAGUUCCGCACACAUCAAAUGCAGGCUCAGGAGUACAGGACUAAGAAGAGGGAACGGUUUGGCCUACCAGUCCAGCCUCCCGUACCUAGCCAGCCCUCCCCUACCACAGGGGUGCCAGACACAGUGAUGGUAGGAGCACUCCAGCCUCGUAUACCUGGGGGGCCAGGCACAAUACGCCUUACUGCAUCUGCUCGUCAGGAAUAUGACAACUACAUGCAGCAACGACUUCGUCAACAGCAACAGCAGCAGCAGCAACAACAGAUAGGAGCGCGCCCACCGCUGCACACAGUCGUUGAGUAUACCCAGGGAAAAACAACCUCGAAAAAGAAAAAGGCUACAAAAGUGUGCAAAGCCACUACUAUCCAGAAGAAAGCUAAGGUACCAGUGACAAAGAGCCCCGUGUCUAUGUUUAAAUUCAAAUGUAAAUGUUGUUUAAUAUGCUGUAUGCACUUGUGCUUAACCGGAAUUAAGUUCAGGAAAACGAGAAAUAUAGAGAAACAUUUUUGUCGUUUGGAAAUUACACUAUGGACAAAUGGCCUUAAAUUACAGAAGAAAGCUAAGGUACCUGUAGCCAAGAGCCCAUCAGCUGACAAUAACCCGUUCAGUGAAGAGUAUUACGAGAGAGAACAGAUCCAGAAACAACAUGAGAGGCUACACAUCGCACCUGGUCAACAGGCAACAAUGGGGCAGCCCCCAAGCUCUGGUCCAGGCGAUACCCCUGAUGCUAAUCGUCAGAUGCACCAGUUCUUUGGUGGAGAACGCCCACCCUUUGAAGGAUCGGGUCCUUACGGUGGACCUAGGAUGCCAGCUCCUGGGGAACCUAGACCUAGGUUUCCAGGGGAACAUGGACCACGGUUCUUAGGGGAUCAGGGCUCAAGGUUUCCAGGCGAUCCUAAUCAGGGGCCACGGUUCCCAGGGGAUCAAGGACAACGUUUUCCUGGUGAUCCAAACCAGGGACCACGGUUUCCAGGGGAACAAGGACACAGAUUUCCAGGAGAUCAAUCAGCUAGGUUUCCUGGUGAACAAGGUCAGAGGUUUGCAGGCCCAAGAUUCAUGUUUGAUCCUCGUAUGGGUAGUCCAGGAGAGCGACCACCGUACCCAGGACCAAACCCAGCCGCAAUGAGGAUGCCUGGUAUGCCUGGUAUGCCCGGUAUGCCUGGCGGCCCCGGAGGUCCCGGUGGCCCUGUAGGCCCCGGUGGCCCCGGAGGCCCCGGAGGCCCUGGAGGACAAGGGGGCAUCCCUACCUUUCAGUCAAGCUUUGGUCUCCCUCCCUCUGCAAAUAUGCAACAACAGCCUUCUGAGGUGGGCUCUGCUGGACAGGAACAGCCAAUGGAAAAACCUAAACCCAAAAAACGAAAGAAGAAAAAGAAGCAACCUGCAGAAAAUGCUGGUUCUACUGCUUCUACCACUCCGGCCAAUCCAGGUCCUCCAACAGCCGAGGCGCGACCUCCGAUCCAGUUCACCCCGCAGUCAGAGACUGAGAAAAGGAUAAUGGAGAUCCUGAAUAAUACAGCUAAAGGCCUGGUCAAAGCUCAGCCUUCAGACAAACCCGAUACAUUUAAGUCACAAGAUUCCAGUAAAUCCCCAGCAUCUGUUGCUAGUUCUGACAAAAAGCCUGAAACCUCUCAGCCGAAAGAUGUCACAGCGACAUCACCUGCUGGCAGUGUUGCACCAUCCCCUGCUGGACUAGGUCAAGUAUCUGGCCAGACAGUGCCUCAUCCAGGGUUGUCAGUGCGACCACCUGGCCCUGGAGACAUGGCCCUUGGUAAGCCAGAAAUGUACACUAAUCAGCGACCGCCAGGUCUUCCUGGGCAACAGCAAUUACCACCUCCACCACCAUCACAACCACAGAUGUCUGCUGCCCAUCAGGAGACCCGUGUGGAGGCUGAGGACAGCCAUACAGAAAGUGAGCCUAUAAUGCCAAUGAAUGUGAUGAUCCAGCAGAGCGUGCCACAGCGGGUUCAGGGUCCCACAGAAUCACCCGUUACCCUUACACAUCAUGAAGGUGGCCCGCCUGGGAAGGAGCCUGAGCCUCACUCUGGUAUUGCCGGCCUACAGUCUGUGGUACCCAAUGGGACACCUACUGGGCCAUACCCAUACUCCAGUCAGCAGGCCAUAUUGGGGUUACCUCCUCACAUGGCCCAGAUAGGACCUAUGACACAAGGGCCACAUGGCCACAAUUUGCAAAGGCAGGGUGUGCCACCACGAAGUCCACAUAUGGCCAGUAUGCAGGAAAGACAGAGUCCCCAUCCUGGCCAAGACAGGAAAAGCCCUCAUGCAGCUAGUCAUAGUCCACACCCUGGAGGUAUGCAGGAAAGGAAAAGUCCUCAUGCAGCAGGUAAGCCUGCACAUAUGGGGAUUCCAGGCAGCCACCCUGAUCAGCAUACCACACACAUGCAGGAAAGUGUCAGAGUGUCCGAAAGAAAGAGUCCACACAGUGCAGGUCAGUAUUUGGGUAUAGUCCAUGAUCAUCACAGUCCUCGACAGAGUCCUGUGGGUCAACACUCAGACAGGCAGAGUCCACGUCAAGCUUUGCAGGGUGGGCCUUACAUGGGGAUGACAUAUGAUCACAUCAGCCCACGACAGAGCCCACAUCCAAUCGGUCAACACUUGGACAGACAGAGCCCAAGACAAAUGGGACAAGCAGGACCAUACUCAGACAGACAGGGUCCUUAUGGAGCCAUGAUGGAAAGGCAGAGUCCGCAUGCACAUGAAACACAAAGUCCAAAUGCUGCAGGGAGUCCUAGGGGACCAGGGGCCGAACCCAGACAAAUUCAACAGGAUAAAUCUGCCAGCAGACAGUCUCAGCAAGCUUCUGCAGAAAGGAUGUCACCUAGAGCGCCUGGCCCUGGAUUUCCAUAUGGACCAUUUCCUCAGAUGGGACCUGGGCCUAUGAGGUACCAAGGACCCGGUGGAAAACCUCAUUCUUCUGCUCCCACUACUCAGCCAGGUACACAAGGUCCUCCUGGCUAUAUGGGUCCAAGGGGACCUCCUGGCCAUCAUAGGCAAAUCAGUCCUGGACCAGCUGGAUCCCCAGGCCAUGUAGGACAUCAGGGACUUCUGAACUACCCUAGUCCACGUGGUCCACGUCCACAGAACUUUCCUCUUUUAUCAGAGUCACAGCUUCGUAUGAUGAAUCCUCAGCAGCACGGCUCACAGCCUUCUGGAGGGAUGCAUGGACAAUUACAGCAUCAGCAGGUUCCUUCAUCAAGUGGUUCUCCCAUAUCUAGUCAGCCAGCAACCUUAUCGACAGAGGAUGAUAAAAAACCUGGCCAAGAUUUUAGUGAUAGUGUUCAAUGUGGGCCACAGCCUCCAUCUGAAAAAUGUAGUGACGGUAUUCACUGUGGGACCCCACCACCUGAAAAUCCACAAGUAGUUUGUAGUGACGGUAUUCAUUGUGGGACCCCACCACCCGAAAAUCCACAAGGAGUUUGUAGUGACGGUAUUCAUUGUGGGACCCCUCCACCUGAAAAUCCACAAGGAGUUUGUAGUGACGGUACUCAUUGUGGGACCCCACCACCUGAAAAUCAACAAGGAGUUUGUAGCGACGGUAUUCACUGUGGGACCCCACCACCUGAAAAACCACAAGGAGUUUGUAGUGACGGUAUUCAUUGUGGGACCCCACCGCCUGAAAAUCAACAAGGAGUUUGUAGUGACGGAAUUCAUUGUGGGACCCCACCACCAGAAAAUCCACAAGGAGUUUGUAGUGAUGGUAUUCAUUGUGGGACACCUCCACCUGAAAAUUCACAAGGAGUUUGUUCUGACGGUAUUCAUUGUAGGACACCUCCACCUGAAAAUCCACAAGGAGUUUGUUCUGACGGUAUUCACUGUGGGACCCCACCACCUGUGAAUCAACAAGGAGUUUGUUCUGACGGUAUUCAUUGUAGGACCCCUCCACCUGAAAAUCCACAAGGAGUUUGUAGUGACGGUAUUCAUUGUGGGACCCCACCACCAGAAAAUCCACAAGGAGUUUGUAGUGAUGGUAUUCAUUGUGGGACACCUCCACCUGAAAAUUCACAAGGAGUUUGUUCUGACGGUAUUCAUUGUAGGACACCUCCACCUGAAAAUCCACAAGGAGUUUGUUCUGACGGUAUUCACUGUGGGACCCCACCACCUGAAAAACCACAAGGAGUUUGUAGUGACGGUAUUCAUUGUGGGACCCCACCACCUGAAAAUCCACAAGGAGUUUGCAGUGAUGGUAUUCACUGUGGGACCCCACCACCUAAAAAUCCACAAGGAGUUUGUAGUGACGGUAUUCACUGUGGGACCCCUCCACCUGAAAAGCCACAAGGAUUUUGUAGUGACGGAGUUUGUAGUGACGGUAUUCAUUGUGGGACCCCUCCACCUGAAAAUCCACAAGGAGUUUGUUCUGACGGUAUUCAGUGUGGGACCCCACCACCUGUGAAUCAACAAGGAGUUUGUUCUGACGGUAUUCACUGUGGGACACCUCCACCUGAAAAUCCACAAGGAUUUUGUAGUGACGGUAUUCACUGUGGGACUCCACCACCUGUGAAUCAACAAGGAGUUUGUUCUGACGGUAUUCACUGUGGGACCCCACCACCUGAAAAUCAACAAGGAGUUUGUAGUGACGGUAUUCACUGUGGGACCCCACCACCUGAAAAUCAACAAGGAGUUUGUAGUGACGGUAUUCACUGUGGGACCCCACCACCUGAAAAUCAACAAGGAGUUUGUAGUGACGGUAUUCACUGUGGGACCCCACCACCUGAAAAUCAACAAGGAGUUUGUAGUGACGGUAUUCACUGUGGGACCCCACCACCUGAAAAUCAACAAGGAGUUUGUAGUGACGGUAUUCACUGUGGGACCCCACCACCUGAAAAUCAACAAGGAGUUUGUAGUGACGGUAUUCACUGUGGGACCCCACCACCUGAAAAUCAACAAGGAGUUUGUAGUGAUGGUAUUCAUUGUGGGACCCCACCACCUGUGAAUCCACAAGGAGUUUGUUCUGACGGUAUUCAGUGUGGGACCCCACCACCUGUGAAUCAACAAGGAGUUUGUAGCGACGGUAUUCAUUGUGGCACCCCACCACCUGUGAAUCAACAAGGAGUUUGUAGCGACGGUAUUCACUGUGGGACCCCACCACCUGAAAAUCCACAAGGAGUUUGUAGUGACGGUAUUCAUUGUGGGACACCUCCACCUGAAAAUCCACAAGGAGUUUGUAAUGACGGUAUUCAUUGUGGGACCCCACCACCUGAAAAUCCACAAGGAGUUUGUAGUGACGGUAUUCAUUGUGGGACCCCUCCACCUGAAAAUCCACAAGGAGUUUGUACUGACGGUAUUCAUUGUGGGACCCCACCACCUGAAAAUCCCCAAGGAGUUUGUUCUGACGGUAUUCAUUGUGGGACCCCACCACCUGAAAAUCAACAAGGAGUUUGUUCUGACGGUAUUCAUUGUGGGACACCUCCACCUGAGAACCAAAAUGGUGUUUGUGCAGACGGUAGAAACUGUAACACACCUCCACCUCCAUCUCAACCAGAUACUUCCAUUGUUACAUCGAACCCUCAGAGUGACAGUACUGAACAAGUUGAAAACAAUUCUGAACCAAUGGACACUGGCCCUCCUGUUAUUCCAAAUGAUCAGCACCCAGUGCCUUUUCCAAAUCAGGUCAAUCAAAGUGAGGUUCAGUCACAAUGUCGAUCGUCCCCAAUAUCUAAAAAUGUCCCUGUCAACAUAUUCAAACCAAUCGCUCCUCCAAAUGUGGCCACAACCAAUUUGUCUACUGUCCCGGAGCCUAUUGUUGUGACCACUGUGGUCCAUCCAGUCUGUCCGACCCCACCUUCAAGUACUGGACCAGUUUGUAAGGAUGAGGCGGUACCUUCACCUCAGCCUCCUGUUCCUGUCCUUCCCAGGACUGCUCCUUUGUCCUUUAUGGGUCACGCUUCAUCUGAUGUACCAUCUCAUCAUCAGCCCCUUGUGCCUUCGUCAGGAUCUGCUUUCACUGGGGAAGUGGUACCUGUAUCCAGACCUACACACAUCACUCCAAAUACUGCUCCAGAAAACUGUCCCACAACAGACACAGUUACAACCAUGACAACACAGCCACCAGUUUCCAGUCCUGUCACAUUUGGUGGCUCAGCAGAAUCUCUUUGUGCCAACACACGUAUAGCCACUCCAUCAUCAUCAAGUAUUGCUCCAGCUCCAGUAUUACCUGUGUCAUCCAUUGCUCCACCAUCGACACACAUACCUACUCUAGUCUCCACCUCCUAUCCUGAGGUAGGCGAUAAAACAAUUCCACCUAUAUCAAGUCAGAGUGAAGUUGUCAUUCCGUCCACUGAUGCAUACCCACAUGUCGCCUUAAAUUCUGGAUCUGAACCAAAAUUGGUGCCCACACCAUCAACAAGUCCUAGAGGUUCUAAGCCAGCCCAAUUGCCACAAACAGCAGAAGGUCCCACAGCACCCCUGAUGCAACAUUCAGAUAAAAGUCCCAUUGCAAUUGAUAUACCUCUGUCCACACCAAAUUCUGUACCAAGCAAGAUGCCUGCAUCAACCGAGGGUUUUCUGGAAGCCAAAUUGCCUACAUCAACACAUGGAUCACUUGCAUCACAUGCGCCUCCAUGUACACAACAUAGUAUCACGACUAUACCUCAGUCUGCACCAGGCUCUGUGUCAAUACAUUUACCCCCUGAUGCAACUCCAGGUGCCUCGGUUAAACAUGCCAUGCCACAUCAGCAGCAUGCUGAAAGACACCCUGGACUCAUGCCAUCCAUGCCACAGGCAGCUGGUAUACCUGCUCACACUCCAGGUAUGGCACUAUCUUCUGCAUCCUCUGCUCUACAGCAAAUGGCUAGUGUUGUGCCAACCGGCUUCGCUGCACCUCCAGGCAUCCCUCAGACCUCUGCUAGUGACACUGUGGAGCAGACGUCAGUCUCACAUCCAACUGUGAUGGAAUUACAACAACAAACAAUGUUAUCACAAGCAAUGGCUCACUCGUCAAUAGCCGCAUCCAUCCCGAGCUCCACUGCCUUAUCAACAGGACUAUCUUCAUCUGUGGCAGGACCUGGUCCACAUCAGCCUCCUUUUCAACACAUGUAUCAAGGAGGCCAAAAGGGUCCAAUACCAAGACAGAUGAUGCCAUCUGCAUCCAUGCCAGGACCAAACACCUCCAUAGCUGUCUCUAGGCAGGGAGGUCAUCCGAGUAUGGUCCCAACCUACCCCAUGGCACAGGGCAUGCCCAGGAUGCCUCCCCACACUAGAAUGGGUAUGAUGGGUCCCGAGCAGAGACCCCCACAGAUGUCCAUGAUGGGGCCUAGACCAUACCCUCCACAGGGAGCAAGGCCACCGCCAGGCCUGCAGCACAUGCCUUCACACCAACGAAUGAAGAUGCCACCUGGCUAUCCACAGUACCACAUGCCACCUCACAUGCAGAGGAUGCCACCGCCAAUGUUGCGUCCAGAGCAGAUGUCAACAGAUGGUGCGCCGAUGUCAUCUCACAUGGGGCCACAAGGGAUGAUGGAAUCCAUGGGAGAGCAAUUUCCCCCAGGCACUAUGCCCAUGUCAACAAUGGCCAGCCACCAACAUUUGUCACACCCACCUUAUUCCAACACUUCUCCAGGGGCCCCACAGUUAGUCGCUUCCAAUCACCAAAUGGAGAAUAUGAUGCGAAUGAGACAUCCACAGUAUCCUAUGGGACCAGGCUUUCCUCAAAGAAUGCCUCCUCACAUGGUAGGAAUGCCACCUGGCUCCGGAGGUAAUCCACCUGGUGGACAGAGAUUCCAGGAUCACAUGGUAGCUAUGGCCAAUAAGAUGUCGUCGCCUCAAGGUUCAGAGGCAGGGCCUCAUCCACCCUAUAUGGGUGUGCACUCUCAAAUGCAGGAUCAUGCAGGCCUUCCAGGAGUACUGAUGACAGCCCUGUCCACUGUACCCAUCACAACACUGACACCUUCACUGCCGGUCUCUCUUUCAUCUAUCUCGGGACCAAAUUGUACACCUCCUAUGCCACACCCGAGCCCGUCACCAUCUUGUACACCUUCCAGGACACCGUCUCGUGCCAGCUCCAACCCAAGUCCACAGUCUGGCAUUCACAUUCACACGCCUACAUCACCAAUGAUCAAGAAUGAGUUGAUGAUGAGUGGUCCUGAGGGUCUAGCUCGACAGCUGUCUGGGGAGAUACGCAUCAAAGAAGAACCCAUGGACAUCUCCCAGAAACUCCCUGGUAUGCUUACUGAGGAAGAUGACCUCAAGAUCCGACAGAAUGCCAUCCUAAAGCAGCUUCUGGGCACCGCGGGAAUGAAUGCAUUCAAGAAACAGAUGCUACCUGGAUCAGCUGAUGGGGGAACUAUGGAAUCCGAAGAUGGCUCACCUGUACAGCUGACACCUGAACAGCAGCGACAGCUGGAAAUGAUCGAGCAGAUGCCACUGUUGAAGGAGGCAGAGAUCUCUGCUGAAGAGUGGGACAUCAAAACACCUGAGGAAAAAGAAAAAAUACUAGAGGGUCUUGUCCUUGCAGAAAUGAGGAAACAAGAGUAUGAAGCCAAGAGGAAGGAGUUUGAGGAGACACGAAAAGCCAAGCGCAAAACAGGAGAAACAAGAAAGAGGAAGAAGAAGAAACAGCAGGAGCAGCAAGCCCAGGAGACUCCAGCUGGAGAAGAGGAACAGGCGAUGAUGCCUGCUCCAGUGCCACCUAUUGUAGAGGGUCAAGGUCCUCCCCCAGUCACCACUCCUCCUGUACUGCCAGUCCCCACACAGCCUCAGCCAAAGAAAAGGCAAAGGAAGAGCAAGGCCAAGAAUGCUGAUCCUUCAAAGGACAAAGACAAGGAUGGGAAGCUGGAGAGUUUCUACAGCAGCCUGAAUUCACUACCAGUCGUGCCCCUGCAGGAGCCUCGUGUUGGCAGUUUUUUUUCUAUCAGCCCUGUGCAUGGUAGUGCUGCCUUGUUGACAGGUGAAAAUCAACUAAAAGGAACUUUUGGUGCCUCGUACCUUGAAGGUGUUGCCGAUUACUAUGGCAGUACUCUCUUGGUUGGAUUACCUCCCUUAGAGUCAUUUGUGGGUUUGUCUCGGCCACGCGACAUAGAAACACGAAGGAAAUACAUCACUGACGGUCAUGAUCGGCCAGUAGUUGGAUCUCAGUCGGACUCCCAGAGGUACCAACUGUCUCAGAACCAGGAGAUUCAGAAUAGGUUCAUGAUGCAGGGCCACCCUACACAACAGUCGCCUCAGUAUCAGAACCAUGCUAUGUUUGGGGCCCAGAUGAUAGGGCCACGGGAUAAACCCGUCCCACCCACUCUCCCUCCUCCUCCCAGGAUUGAACCCAGAUUGGAUCUAGUGUCAAGAGGAAGUGAUAGUCCAGAAACUGUGAUAUCGUCGUCGUCUCCAGAGCAUGGAUUCGGUGAAGUGGAGGAGGAAUAUCCCAUGUUGCGUCCCAUCGACCCCGCACCCAUUGACGACCGAGCAUCACCUUCAAUGCCUUUGGUACAACCUGUUGUGGUUAAGGCGUCGCCCAUCAGACCCAAAUCUACUGACUCACACUUUGAGAUUCCAGAGAAAACAUACGGUCAUCCUCGACCAUUAAUAGACAGUGAUGUAUUGGACAGGAAAUGGGGCUAUGAUCCAAUGUCAAUAUCUGGCAAGGAAAACGACCUGACACAGAGUCUGACAUCUUCUCUUACCAAGCCUUUCCGGGAUGCUGAUCUCAAGCAGGACAUAUCCGUGACCGUGACUUUGUCUGCAAAAUCUGCAGAUGAUAUUGGUGGUGUGUUGUCAACAAUAGCAGAACUUUUAAAGAUUGCUGUGCCACCAACAUACGAAAUGAGCAGAAGUCCCUCACCAGACACCUACAAAUCUGUCACCAAACACAAGGAGCAGGCUGUGAACAUACACUCCCUCAUCAAAGCCAAGCCCAAGUUCUGUCGCCAUUGUCAGACGGUGGUGAUGGAGGGUGGAGUGAGAAAGCGACGCUCAGAGAUUCCAUGCCUCAAGAAGGAGGACCAGUUUACAUUCAAGGAUAUCGAGGAUGAGGAGGUGACAUUCUGUACGUCCGACUGCUGUAGCCAGUACAUAGCUAUCUGUCAGAUGAUACAGCCACCACCCAAACUAGUGGAGCCUAAGGAGGAGAUCCUUGAACCUCCUCCCCAGCCCACAACACUGGUCAGCCCAGUGAAGACCUUCGACCUGUCAAGCCCCCUGACUGAUACUUCCACAUUAUCUGGUAAUGAGGCACUUCCUGUGCCCUCCACCCCAUCAACUCCUACCUCUUCGGGGGUGUCCACUCCCACAGUCACUCCAACCACACCUGUGAGGCAGAAGUCGGAGGAAAAACUGCAGAAGAAACUGAAGCGAAGUAACAGCUACUAUGACAAGCCUCUUGAGAAGAAGUGGAAAGGAAAGCGGUACAAGUAUGUUCUAAAUGAAGUAGUGGAGAGCCUAGGUGUGGCACCAGGCAUGCCGGAGAUAGAGGUUGAUGUGUUAUGGAAGGCCCUAGGGACCAUAAUCAUCCCAGACCCCCUACCAAAGGACAACAGGGUCUGUGCCUUCUGUCAAUUCGGGGGAGAUGAGGUCUCGGACGGCCCAGGCAGGAUGCUUAACAUGGAUGUUGACAAGUAUAUCCAUCUGAACUGUGCCCUAUGGUCAUCCGAAGUGUACGAGACACUGAACGGUGCGCUGAUGAACGUAGAUAUGGCUUACACCCGUGGUCUACGGACGGAGUGUGUCGUCUGUAAAAACGUUGGGGCUACAUUGGAAUGCUUCAAAUCCCGAUGUGGCAAUUAUUAUCAUGUUGGGUGUGCCAACAAACAGGGCUGCAUGUUCUUCCAGGAUAAGACGUUACUGUGUCCUGGUCAUGCACCCAAGCUUGCCCCAGAUAAUGUACUGGAAUCCCUGGUGGUACAUCGCCGUGUUUACAUCAACCGUGACGAGGACAAACAAGUGGCCAGUAUGGUCCAUCGCCAACAGGAAGGUAACUUCACCCUGAGGGUGGGCUCACUCAUCCUGCAUAGCAUAGGACAUCUGAUGCCUUACCAAAUAGUCAGUGCUAAAUACCACACUCGCGACUACAUCUAUCCAGUCGGCUAUAAAUCUAGUCGUUUUUACUGGAGUAUGCGUCGGCUUUACAAACGAUGUCGAUAUGUGUGCAGCGUCUAUGAGAAUGAAGGUCAGGCAGGAUUUAAAAUCCAAGUGGUAGAGCGAGGUUUCGAGGACCUGGUGAUGGAGGAUAACACACCUCGUGGUGUCUGGUCCAAGGUCCUAGAGCCACUUGACAAGAUGAGAAAAAACGCAGAUCUUGUAAAGAUCUUCCCCAACUUUAUCACGGGUGAAGAACUGUUUGGUCUUACAGAGCCCACCAUUAUCAGGGUCCUGGAGUCGCUCCCCGGAACUGACCAGCUCACUAACUAUCACUUUAAGUUUGGUCGGUCAUCACUUAUUGACAUGCCCCUCCUGAUCAACCCAACAGGCUGUGCCAGAACUGAGCCGAAAAUGCGCACCCACUUCAGAAGACCCCACACUCUACAGUCUAGCAACACCUCGCGUUCCCUGCCCACAACUGUUACGGGGGUGACUGGUGACCUCAACUCCCCAUACAUGAAACAGUUUGUUCACUCUAAGUCCCAACAGUACAGACGCCUCAAGACUGAGUGGAAAAACAACGUGUACCUUGGGCGCUCCAGGAUCCAGGGCCUAGGAUUGUUUGCUGCCAAGGAUACAGAGAAGCAUACCAUGGUGAUUGAGUAUAUUGGAGACCUUAUCCGUAACGAGGUGGCCAAUCGUCGAGAGGUGAUCUACGAGGAGCAGAAUCGUGGAGUGUACAUGUUCCGCAUUGACAAUGAGGUGGUAGUGGAUGCCACUAUGGCUGGGGGCCCUGCCCGCUACAUCAACCAUUCCUGCAACCCCAACUGUGUGGCGGAGGUGGUGGCCUUCGACAAGGAGAGCAAGAUCAUCAUCAUAACCAACCGCAAACUCGCCAAGGGCGAGGAGUUGACGUAUGACUACAAGUUUGACUUUGAGGAUGAGCAGCACAAGAUCCCUUGCUGCUGUGGAGCACCAAACUGUCGGAAGUGGAUGAAUUAAAUGUUUGUGAAUCUACACGACACACACCAGAGAGAUGUGUUAGAGCAUGUUAUUAUCAUUGGCUAAAUAACAUCAAAGCCACACAACUUCAAUAUGAAAUAGGAAUUGAUGUGUGAACACAAGUCUUUAUUGAUCUGAACAAUGAAAUUGAUAUGGACCUAACAGAUGUAUUCAUGAAUUACUACUAGUAGAUUGCAUUCCUGUGGAAACUUGAAAAUGUAGUCCUAGGUAAUACAUACCACAUCGCAAGACUAAUCAUGGACGCGACUAAAACUGAUACGAGACAAAUCCCCCCCAACACAACACAACGUGUCUGCCGAUUCGUCUGCUGGACAAAAAACCCUGGAUUUUCAAUACUCUUGGAAUCGACACAAUUUUCACGAAUUUGACAACACCUACCAUAUACUAGGAUUUUGUGAAUUUCGAUUUUGACACUUAGACUGACCAGUAUGGGUCAAAUAGUCAGUCUGUGAUAACCUUUCUCCCCUGUCCGCCGAAGUUACCUACUUCAACAGAGGAAGGACACCCUAUAUUGAGGGGAAUGAUGUAUAUUGACACUAAAUAGAAAGUGCCCACCAAAUACAGAGCAUUUUUACCAGCGAGAUUUAUAUUGAAAAUGAAAUGUUCUUUAUAAAAUGGCCGAUGUUUAAUUGGAUACUCACUAGCUAGCUAGUCACUGCUAAACAAAUAGGUCUUCCUUAGUUUACUGCAGAGGGAAGGUGUAUAGAAGGGUAAUUGUGGCAGCCAUUUUGCUUAUACAUGGCUGUGGCAGUAUGCAGAAAGAAUGUAUACGGCCAAGUGAUCCUAACCAUCACAGUUUAAAGAGUACCCUACGUAGAUUUGGUCACAUCACCAAACAAAUGUGUUACAUUUUGUGAAUUUUAUCGGUGUGAACUGUGUUUUUAUUCUAAGAAUGAAUUAUGCAAAUAAUCCAAGAGGAGACCAAUCAGCCAAAUUGUGCCAUUACUUGAUGUUCUGUAGUAUACAAUAUCACCUGUUAGGAGUGUGUGUUUACUCGUCGUAUAUCUAGUAGGAAUGGAUACCAGUUGUUCACUACUACUUCUAGUGUGUAUGUGUAUAUGGUGUAGGUCUGAUCGUACAUUGUCUUACAUAAUCAGUGUUUGGACAUUAGCCUACCUCAUCUAGUGUGACACGUGUAUCAUAGUAACCCAUAUAAAACUCACAUAGGUUUCCAUAUUGGUAGGUCAGGGCUACUAGGCUUGCUCUAGUCCGAGGAACAGUGUUUCCAAUUUAAAACCAUUAUGGAGUAAUUGCAGAAUUAAAAUAUAGUAAAAGUAUGUAUUAAAUAAUAUGCCAAGAUAGGAAAUGAAAUUGUAUAGGUUAAAAAUUGAGCCCUCUUUCCCCCCUAUUGGUCCAGAAUAGGCAGCUCUGAUGUAUUGAACUGGAAGAUACUAAUGUGACCAGUAGGGGACACAGGGUGUGUGAUGUUGUAAAUAUUUGUCAGAUGACAUUAUGAACAAAAUUCUCAGACCUAUUUGUAAAGUAUGUUACUUUCUAGCUACCAUUUGUGUACAUGUCUAAAUAUAGAUUUAUUCCUACCAUUUGUAAUUCUGACAUUUUGUUUUUUUGCAAUGUGUAAUAGUGUUGGAACGGAACAUGUUGAUUGGUUGAUAUUGUAGUGUUUUUAUCAUUAUUAUUGAUCUUCUCUAUUAGCGUCUUGGUCCUUGACAUCAUUUUUAUACUUCGGAUUGUGAUCACACUCACUGUAAUAUAAACAUUUCAUAUAUCUAUAUAAUAAAGUUUUUUUUAAUUGGUUAUAUUUAUAGAAAAUGAUUUACAGUCAAAAUAGUGGAGGAGUAUGUGAAGACCGGAGAAUAAAUUGUUAUCUAUAAGAAUAGAUUUAUGAUUAUCUGUUGUUAUUAAUUUGUGAAGUAAUUCCAUAUUAAUUGUUUUUACAUUUUCUUCCUUGUUUCUCAUUAUGUAAAUUUUAUUGUUGAGCGCAGUAAGGCAAAACAAACUGUCUGGUUCUGGUAAAAAAAAUGUCUGGAUCAAGAUUUUUUUAAAUUUUACUGUUUAGGGAAAAAGAUACAAAUAUUUAAAUUUGCCAAUAAUCACAUUAUAUUGUCUCUGUGUUCCAUAAUAGGCUGUCAUCAGUAUUCAGUAAUAUAACUACCCGAUACACAUCUAUUGAUAUGUACAGAGAUAAGACUGGUUUGAUAAUUAAUGUUUACUAUAAACACAUACAGAGACAUUAAGUCAUUAUAGAAUAUACAGAUUUGUUGAUGACUUUAUCAUUCACAUAGAUUAUAUUUUUGGCAUUCCUUUCUGUAUCGGGGUAAAUCUGCGGAUAACGAUGCAGAAGUUUUAGAUAAAACUCUCAUCACUAGACAGCCCAUUAUGACUGGCCACUAUCACAGCAAAUAUAAUAAAGAGAACACUACCUAAAUCAGGACUUCGUACCUACCUGUUACACUGUAGGUCUGUCUGUUGUUGUCUGUUAAAUCACUGUAACUUUACCAGGACCACACAAUGAGUUUUCCUCAUCUGUUUAGUAACAUUAUUCUCGCAAUAUCAUGUCCCCUGAAUGUAGCUGUCAAGUGGACAGUCCCUACCCUUGUCCGCUAAUAGACUAGCCCUUCCUGUGUCUGGACCAGUCCCAUAUGACUGUGAAGGGUAGUUAUUUGUUCUAGUGCUAGAGUGUAGUGUGUUGUAUGGUAGUAUGUUAUAUAGAAUUUUUAAACAGUUGUGCUAUAAUCCAUUGCGAGAGUGAUCUCCCCUGUUAGUCACUAAUCAUGUGGAAUUAUUCUGUAAACUCGAGAACGUAGUUCUAUGUGUGUUUUUUUGUCAAGUGCUAAUUAAUGGGAGGUGGGAGAGUUUUCUCAGCGUUUUUUUUUUAUCUUUUUCUCUCCAAAACAAUUCUUGCAGUAGCUUAUAUGGUACACAAGUUAAAAGUAAACACAUGUAUGCCCAUUUUUGCAAUUAACGUUCAUCAAGUUGUAUAUUCAUCAAAUUAUUUGCAGUUUUAACUUAACAUUUUGCAUUUUCCACAUUUGCUUAACAGUGGUUUGUAGGCGUGCUAUCUACGCGUGUGUUUCUCCUGAUCUCAUCUAGAGGAGACCUAUGAUUGAACCAGGCAGCAUAUAAAACCAUUUGUCCUUGUGUGAGAUUAUAUGUUGUAGGCAGAGCUCGAGGAGAAAGUGAGUGUGAUUUGAAUGAAACUAGUGAGGUUGUUAGUAUAAGCACUCUUGGUCUUAUUGUGGUACAGGAGUGAUCCAUUGGUAACUAGUAAUACUGUACACGUUAACUCAUUAUUUUCAGUGUUUGCUUUGGAAGGCAAUCCACCGCAAAAACUUAAGUCACUUUCAAGCAAUUCUAUUUUUAUUUUAAAGAUAUAAAUCUGACAAGAUCAAACCAAGAUCUUUGUGGUACAUUGGUGGUAUACCCCAGUACUGUAAAGCCAAACCCUGGUUUCACUGUAAUUCCAUCUCACUACAGAACAUUGUAUUUAGCUGUAAUCAUACAAUUUCCUAUCAUGGCAGAGGCUAGUAUCUUUUUGUUGCAAUAAGUCUUUUAAUUUUUAUUUCAUCUAUGACAGUGGAAGUGGCUGUUAUUUCUCUCCUAUUCUCCCUGAACAGUUUUGUCUUUCUCUCUGAACAGUUUUGUCUUUCUCUCUGAACAGAUUUGUAUUUCUCUCUGAACAGUUCUGUCUUUCUCUCUGAACAGUUUUGUAUUUCUCUGAACAGUUUUGUAUUUCUCUCUGAACAGUUUUGUCUUUCUCUCUGAACAGUUCUGUCUUUCUCUCUGAACAGUUCUGUACCUCUCUCUCUGAACAGUUUUGUAUUUCUCUCUGAACAGUUUUGUCUUUCUCUCUGAACAGUUUUGUCUUUCUCUCUGAACAGUUCUGUCUUUCUCUCUGAACAGUUUUGUAUUUCUCUCUGAACAGUUCUGUACCUCUCUCUCUGAACAGUUUUGUAUUUCUCUCUGAACAGUUUUGUCUUUCUCUCUGAACAGUUUUGUCUUUCUCUCUGAACAGUUCUGUCUUUCUCUCUGAACAGUUAUGUCUUUCUCUCUCUGAACAGUUCUGUCUUUCUCUCUGAACAGUUCUGUCUUUCUUCCAUUUAGGUUUUCCUUUCUUGUGAAGCUAAUGUGGCCUGGGUGAGUUCAGAGUUCUGAGUCAUUGGGUUCCGGCAGUGUAAGUGUGGUGAGACUGCAUUUAUAAUUGAAAUUAUGCAAAUACAGUGUACUUUUGUUAUAUUUUAGUUAAAACUGUUACAUUGAGAUUUUUAAGUGGAUUAAAUGGAAAACAUUGACUUGAAUGUGAUUUAAUGGCAAUGCAAUCAUUUCUUGUCCAAAUUUAUUUUUUGAGAAUGGUCAGUCCGGUAUGGUUCUGCCAGCUGAAGAAAAUAUGUUAAUUAUUGAGGUGAACAAUUCUUCAAAAUAUCUGUAUUUAAAUGGCAAGCACAAUGGUAUGUGUCAAGUGUACAAUAAGGGAGAUAACUUUUUCUAAAUUAACUACUUAUGCUAUGUAUCUGUAUGUAUCUUGUAAAGGGGUAAAUUAAUCCUAUCCCAAAAAAGUGAUAUUUUGAUGAAAUAUUUGUAUAAAAAAAAUGAAAUUCCAUCAAAAUCAAAAACAAAUGCACUAACAAGGUACCAUCAAUGGGUAUUAGUGAUUUUUUUAACAGUUUGUUUUCAUCUAUUCUUGAGAUCUGGAAAUCUACUGAAUUUAAAGCAAAAAAAUGGUGACAGCUUUGUCAUUAAAUUUAUCUCAAACUUUGUGCAUAAUACUCUUAGUGUAAAACUAGUGACAGGUUACCUAUUUUUGUGACCGGUCAGAGGCUGGUCUCCUGGGCGUGCGACUGGUCAGAAGCUGGUCUCCUGUACGUACGUGUGAUUGGUCAGAGGCUGGUCUCCAGUACGUGUGACCGGUCAGAGGCUGGUCUCCUGUGCGUGCGACUGGUCAGAGGCUGGUCUCCUGUAUGUGUGACUGGUCAGAGAUUGGUCUUCUGUACGUGUGAUUGGUCAGAGGCUGGUCUCCUGUACGUGUGAUUGGUCAGAGGCUGGUCUCCUGUACGUGUGACCGGUCAGAGGCUGGUCUCCUGGGCGUGCGACUGGUCAGAGGCUGGUCUCCUGUACGUGCGACUGGUCAGAGGCUGGUCUUCUGUACAUAUGACCAGUCAGAGGCUGGUCUUCUGUACGUGUGAUUGGUCAGAGGCUGGUCUCCUGUAUGUGUGACUAGUCAGAGAUUGGGCUUCUGUACGUGUGAUUGGUCAGAGGCUGGUUUCCUGUACGUACGUGUGAUUGGUCAGAGGCUGGGCUCCUGUAUGUGUGACUAGUCAGAGAUUCGUCCUCUGUACGUGUGAUUGGUCAGAGGCUGGUU